GGACAACCUAAUACAAGUUCGCCGUCGACACCACUUCCACCUCACUCUUUCACAUUGUUCGCAGGAAGUGCGUUGAUCCCGAAAACACCGUCACAAUGGCCAGAAGACCUGCGAGAUGUUACAGAUACUGCAAGAACAAGCCGUACCCUAAAUCCCGAUUCAACCGUGGUGUACCGGACCCCAAGAUUCGUAUUUUCGAUCUGGGACGAAAGCGUGCCAAUGUCGACGAGUUCCCUCUUUGCGUGCACAUGGUGUCGAACGAAUACGAACAACUGAGCUCCGAAGCCCUUGAAGCCGCCCGUAUUUGCGCCAACAAGUACCUUGUCAAGAUUGCCGGAAAGGAAGGUUUUCACCUGCGAGUUCGAGCCCACCCGUACCAUGUCGUCCGAAUCAACAAGAUGUUGUCUUGCGCUGGUGCCGAUAGACUGCAAACCGGAAUGAGAGGUGCCUGGGGUAAGCCCAACGGCACGGUCGCUCGUGUCAACAUCGGCCAAAUCCUUCUGUCCGUCCGAACCCGAGACUCUCACCGAGCUACUGCCAUCGAGGCUCUCCGUCGAUCUAUGUACAAGUUCCCUGGUCGCCAGAAGAUCAUCGUCAGCAAGAACUGGGGAUUCACUCCUCUGAGACGGGACGAGUACGUUAAGCUGAAGCAGGAGGGUCGUGUCUUGAUGGACGGUGCCUACGUUCAGUUCUUGCGCAACCGGGGCAAGAUCGAGGACAACAUCCGCCGCUUCCCUCAAGCCUACCAAGUUACUGCUGAGGCAUAAAGGUGCAUUGGGAAAAGCAAGGGGUGUUUCCAGGUCGUGAAGACUAGAUAGCGUGCAACGGAAGAUGAUGCAUGCGCUCCUUGAAUGGGUUUUGAUAUGAGAUCCCCAAGUGAGGAAAUGCGAAUUGCUUUGAGAAAUGUGAAUUGCUUUCAGUCACACGAUUGUUUACACCAAACUAUGAAGCAUCCCUGCCCAAGCAAUUCCCGAGUUCUGAACACUCCUCAAAUGCUACGUGACUAAGAUGUGGACGGGUGGCAAUUCUUCGGAAAAUCUAUUUAAAAAAAGCCCCGUUUGGCGAUUACUCACGCCGCUCAUCGUAGCAUGCCGCCAUAUCCCGUCAGAUCGCGUAACUGCUGCCCUACAAGUUUCCCAAAAAGAUUCGGUUGGGACAGGCUGGACGGUCUUAACCCUGGUCACGAUCCUGGAGCGUUACAGGACACGAGACGGGGAUGAAGCACCAUAUCUCAGACUUGGAAACACAGGCACGAGACGCGUAUAGUUAUCACCAAACCAGAGAGUAAUCAAGACAGCAGCUUUGUCAAGAUACCGUAGGUCCAACCGGCUGACCGGCCGCUUUAUCCAUCGCUGAUUUAAGCGGGAUGACACGGCGCAGACUUGAAAU